GCUGGUCACCACGAGCGCAUCACGAGUAAAUGUUCAUGUCUGAAAAUCAAAGAAGGACCGGUCACUGUUCGCUGCGACUGGUUCUUUUCAAAGUACAAAGUAAGUCAUGACUUUCCUGAAGUGAGUCAGUAAUUAUAAAUGUAAUGAAAAGUGUAUAAAGACUUAUUAGACCAGCGAAAGCAGAACCUGAAUAUUUUCAUCUUUGAUUUCAGCCUCUGAACUGUCGGUACAGUGGACUGUUGUUCAUACAGCAAGCAGAACUUUGGAAAAAGUAAAUAAUUAAACAUUAUAUUCUGACCGUGCUGAUCCCAGAACAGGAUGUUCUCAACUGAACCACCCUGUUCCUCGUUACAAACACCAGCACGAGUCCCAUGAAGGUGAACACCUGACAAACACACCGUGGAAACUGAAGAAAGAAAGUUUAUGUGUCAGGUAACAACUCAUUAUUAAUCACUGCUGCAGAAUGUGUGUGUGUGUGUGUGUGUGUGUGUGUGUGUGUGUGUGUGUGUGUGUGUGAUCUCUACACAACAGACCUAAUUGGUUUGUUCUCCAGCCAGAUAACAAGUAUGCAUGCUGAUGUAUUCAACCUGCCGAUGGCUCUCAGAGCUGAUUUCACAUGAACAAUGAUGACGGGAAAAUGUAAAUGGCCACAUUUACAGUAAUUGGUCUGGGACACUUUGUCUGCAUUGUGUGUUUUGUGAUGCAAAUGGUUUAAUUGAGGGGUUUGCCUGUAAAGUUGUGCAGGGGAGACAUACAUACAUACUUCCAUGUCAUUACCUCCCCCAACUUCACCUUCUCAAUGGAAACGCAGCACCGGGGGAAUGUCUGUCCUCUGAUCUCUGAUGCACGCCUUCUCAAUGAAGUUAUGAUAAUAGCGUUGGGUUACACGCCUGUAAUUGGCUAUUCAUUGGAAUAAUCUGACAUCAAGUCUCGUCAUGUCUGAACCGUGUCCAGAAGAAAGGAGACGGGGAAAAUGUGGAAUGAAAACUUUAAGAGAUAGUUUGAAGAACAGAAGAUGAUGCUUGAAAUGUUCGAGGCAUUUAAAAUAAAAUCAAAAUAAACUAAUUAAAGAAAGAAAUGAUAAAUAUUAAUAUGAUAGAAAAAAGCUCAAAUAUAUUCAUGUUAUUUCUGUGGGAUAAAAUAUAUCAAAGUGAUGAGUUUUAGGUUUUUAAUAAAACUUAACAAAUAUUUAUGAUACUUUUAUUAACAUAAUAACUGUAAAUACAUUUUAAUUAACCAAUUUGUAUUUAUUUUUUAACAGUUCUGUUCAAAUAUUUAAAAGAAGUUUACAGACAUAUUCAUUUAUUCUUUUUUAAAAAUAAAAAUCAAGUUUCCUAAUUCCACAUAAGUUUCUGUAAUAAUCAGAUGUAUACCCGUGGUGAUGAUGAUGAUGAUGAUGAUGAUGAGUUCCGUGUUAGUCUAGGUGAGGUCAGUUCACCCACAUGGCCUUCACGCCUGUUCCCGGGCACGGAGCCUCGCAAACGACCACCCGAGCAGAGGAGCCCCCCCCCCCGCCACAGAUCAGGCCCCCGGGCCUUGAACCUGACCCCUCCGGACCAUCUAGGGCGAGCUUGUCACAUCGCAUCCCCGCUGGCGCAUUGUUGCCGCGGGGGCUGCUGGGCGGCCCGGGGGAGACAGAUAGUGUGGCCGUCCAUCCAGUCACCCUCCUCUCCCCUCUGUGCAGAGCCCCGCGGCGCUCCCGGGGCUGACACGGGAGACAAAACCCGCCGAGAGGGCUGUGAAUGGUGGAGCACCGAGGAGGCCGAGGGAGAGCAAAAAGGAGGCGGUGAGCCUUUGUAGUCGGGGAGGAAUGCGGAAAUGUCCCCGCUCCGUGUCAAACCUCUCUGAAGGGGGUCAGGCCACAUUCAGCCGGCGUGGGAAAGCCAGCAGAGCCGGAGCUCACACAGGCGAGCGGGGCCGCGGCUGCAGAGGCCUGCCGGGAUAUAUGGAGGAGAAAAAAGAGGAGGAAGAAAGGAGAGAGUCCAAAGAGAGCGUGGUUUCGGAGGCUGUAUCACGCGUUUGCCUUUGUCCUCUGACCCCCCCAUCCUACACCCUCUCCGCCUCCACCCGCAGAGCUGCAGUGAGAGUGUGUGCAUUGCAUGUGCCAGCUUUCUCCUGUGAGUAUGGCUCUGUGAGGCUCUCUGGCUCGUCACCCUCGCCGGGAUUCCCCCCGCAAUACUUUCACCAAGACACCAGAGAGAGAGAGAGGAAUCAGCAAACAUGGACAAAGAGAGUGCAAGUACUCAGUAUGAGCCUGUGGCCGAGAUCGGAGAAGGAGCGUACGGGAAAGUGUACAAGGCGAGAGACCUGAAGAACGGUGGACGGUUCGUAGCCCUGAAAAGAGUUCGAGUCCAGACGGAGGAAGAGGGGAUGCCUCUGUCAACCAUCCGGGAGGUGGCGGUACUGAGGCAGCUGGAGGCCUUCGAGCACCCCAAUGUUGUCAGGUUGUUUGAUGUGUGUACGGUCUCCCGGACUGACCGAGAAACUAAACUCACUCUGGUCUUUGAGCACGUGGAUCAGGACCUGACCACCUACCUGGAGAAGGCCCCUGACCCUGGAGUACCGCCCGAGACCAUCAAGGAUAUGAUGUACCAGCUGCUCCAGGGGUUGGACUUCCUGCACUCGCACCGCGUGGUUCACCGUGACCUGAAGCCCCAGAAUAUCCUGGUCACCAGCGGAGGACAGAUCAAACUGGCCGAUUUUGGCCUAGCCCGCAUCUACAGUUUCCAGAUGGCGCUCACCUCUGUGGUGGUGACACUGUGGUACCGAGCCCCAGAGGUGCUGCUCCAGUCCAGUUACGCCACACCAGUGGACCUGUGGAGUGUCGGCUGCAUCUUCGCUGAGAUGUUCAGGAGAAGACCGUUAUUUCGAGGAAACUCAGAUGUUGAUCAGCUGGGAAAGAUUUUCGAUGUUGUCGGGGUACCUGCAGCAGAAGACUGGCCCCAGGAAGUGGCCCUACCACAGAGUGCCUUCACCCCCAGACUCCCUAAACCAAUAGAGAACUUGGUUCCAGACAUGGAUGAGCAAGGACGGGCUCUGUUAAUGCAAUUCCUCGCCUUCAACCCCUCCAGGAGGAUAUCUGCCUUCGCCGCACUGAGCCACCCCUAUUUUCAAAGUGUGGACAGCCACAGUAGAAGUGUGUAUGCGGCCCAGCCCAUCCCCAGCAACAAGCCCACUAUGGAGGAGAGGACUGCCUGACCGUCCUCCGUCACCAUGAAUCAUCACACAGUGUCUAUAAAAAGUAUCCUGCGUACUCCACCUUAGUGUUAAUCAUGUUUGUUGGUACAGCGUUAAAUCAAAGCGUGACUUUUUUGACACUGAUCUACAGAUGAAGCUGUAAAUGUCAGAGUGAAAACAAAUGAGUAGAAAUCAUUGUGACUGAGAACAUUACACUGAUCUGCUCUGUGUGGUUAAAUCUGACGUUGUUCCCUCGUCGCUCUAAACGUCCUCAAACUCUUUCUGGUUGCAUGAAGAGCAUGAAGAGUUCAGGUGUGGGUUGUGAUUUGGCCACUUGAGUGCAGACAGUCCUGUGCAGCUUCAGGGUUUCCUCCAGGAUUCUUCUCUAUUUCCCUGUGUUAAUUUCACCCUCACCUUCUCAAGCUUUCCUGUUGCCACAUGAUUCUGUCAUCACCAGCCUUUGCAGUACAUGUAGUGUGCUGGUCAGAAAGCUUGAUUUUGAUGUCAUCCCACCACUGAGCCUUCUCUCACUCCCACAUGCCUUUGGGCAACUGCAAGCUUAAAUGUCACGAGAUUUUUCAACAGUAGUUUGUCUUUGUCAGUUGGCCAUUAAGCUGGAAAUACACCCGGGCUGCAGAUUCUGUAGACUCAGUACUCAGUGCCUUCAUGUUUUACUGGUAUCCUCCCACUUCUUAAUAACCUUGUUGUGGAUUGGUUAGAUUGUUUCGGAUGUUAUGUUAUAAGUCACAUCUUGACUUCACACAGGUGGUCAUCGUUCUGCCUGUGAUUUCACUUAUUGAAAACAGCCAGCUUGGGAUCAGUUUUCUCUGUUUAACAGUGUCAAAAAAGCAUAAUCACUGGGUUGUACAUAAUAACAAACCAAGAACUUCACCAAGGGGUCUAAUACUUUCUGUAGUCGACGUACAGAGCUCCAGGAGAGUACUCCGAAAGUGAGGGUAAAGAUGGCGUCAAGGAAGACAACACCAACGCUCUCACCCCUGAAAAAUGCACAGAAGCUACCCUCCUUCCAUGAACUGAUGGAUUGUAAUUGCUGCUUUUAGGUUGUUAAAUGUUGAUGAUUGACUAUUAACAAUGCAAAAGAGACUUGCAUCUCAGAUUGACUGGUAGUAGUGAAGAUGGACUGUAAUCAUGAAGCAGAGGCCUGUUCUGGACCAGUGUUUGGCCUCGCAAGAGCCCCCUGGACUGGGCGACCGGACCAUACAGGAGUCUGGGUGGACGGCGUGGACCUCACCAGACUUUAAUGCUUGCUGUGGGUGUGUGCAGUGAGCAGAUGUACAGCAAAGGCACGCUCACGGAUACGUACGCAACAUUUAGUGUGUGCACUACCACUGACUUUAAGCACGCUCAUGUACACACCUUCCUGUUGAAACAUUUUUAGGCAUCACAAGCCAGCCACUCACUGCCAUGUUGUGACUUAUCAUUCCAGUUCCACAUGUAUUGUAUUACUGCCGCCUUGAGGAUGUCCUCAGUAACUGCAGACCAGUAGCGGGAUUCUAAUGGUCUCUGCACUCUUCGAGGAACUCAUCAUAAUGGGCUGAUAUCAGUGCUGAGACAAUGAUGUUUGAACCUUAUAAACACGUUCCUGCCACACACUUGGUGUCUACGACUUGCUUCUAGUCUGCCAUCACGGCUUUUAUCAUUAUAAAAUACAAUUAUUAUUUGCUAUCCGAAUGACACAGUAAUGCACAGGCUUGCAAUAGGUGGACUAAAUCCCACCAGCACUAUUCAACAUGAAUACAUUUGGCACAGGAUAGUGUCGCCAAUAUUCUGUAUUUAAUUUUAAUUUUAUUGACAAGUCUUAUAUGCUUGUUUUCAUCAAGUUGUUACUUGAUUUUUUUUUUUUUAAGAUGCUGGGGGAUACAAUAUUCUUACACCAAUCACACCAACUAUCAGAUAACUAUAGAAUUUGUGUAAGAAUAGUUUGACAAUGUACGGAAUGUAUAAAGGAUAGGCAUUGGUACUGUACAGUAUAGAGUGCUAAGUACAAGCUGUAAUGAUAGAAAACUUUUGAUAUGUGCAUCGUCAGCCCAUAGAUAUGUCGUACAAAUGGAUAGAAGUAGAGUUAGCGAGGGUCAGAGGAAAGUUGUAUGGCAAGAGUAUUUUGUCUAUUGAAAAUGUUGGGCGGGCUUGUUGAAUUUCAUUUGCUUUGGAUUGAGAGUGACUAAGAACUUUACAGUGGUUUUUGAUAAUGAAAUAAUGCACAAAUAUUUUGUUUAGGUUUUCUUUUCUUUUUUUUUUUUUUGCUUUAUUUUACUGUCAUGUCCCUUUGUAUUCAAGUCCAAUUUUUACCAGCAAGGAAAAAGCAAGUUAUGCAGAGUUGUAUUUUUGUAUGUAGUAGUUCUUGCAGAACAGUAACAUAUUUUAACACUGGUUUACGUUUUCUUAAAGGUAGUGCUGCUAGCACACAGACACACACAGACACACACACACACACACACACACACACAGACAAACAGACAAACUCUCUGACUUUCUCAGGUUCUUGUUUAUGGACGUCCGAACCUUUCGGGCACAGUUUGCACAUCCCGGGCUACUUAAACUGACCACAUAACAACUCCUUCAGGUUUUCUUUCAAGCUGUUCAUCACCGGUCAUGUCAUUGAUCAGUCUACUGUCAUUCCUAUGUAUCAAAUAUAUGUUACUGUAGUCAUUACUGUCUGAAAAUAACUGCCUGUAUCAACUGUUUUUUGCCAGAUACUUGUAAUUGCUAGAUGGCGAACAUGAUGUACAUCCAUUUAAAAUUGUCUGCUCGACUAAGCACUGUGUGAAUUUUAUAUUUGAUAACUCAUAUCUGGUUUCAGUGGUGCAUACAAUGCAAUGAAAUCUCCAAAUACUUAAGACAUAGUUUAUGAUUAAAACGAUGACUGCCUUAGUUUCAUCACAUUUGAUACAAUCACUGAAUGCUUUUCUCAUCAGUUAACCAGUUUGUAAAACAUUUCAGUCUCAUUAUGUAAAACUGAACUCCACUGUUGAGCUUUCACUGUUUUGAAACCAACGCAGCUUGGUCCAUCAUUUAACUCAAAUCACACAUAAUGUUCCUGUGUCACAUUUGUAGUUAGCCUAUGGAAAUGAUGACUAGGAAAAAAACACAAUCAUGGCAUUAUACUUUCAUGUUAAUGCUGGCAUUGGUGUCUUAUUAUUGUGUUGCACCAGUUGAAUAAAAAGCAGCUUUUCUGAA